GACGUUCAACCGACUGAGCCACCCGGGUGUCCCAGAGCCUUAGUUUGUUUUUAAAUCUCUCCCCACUGCCCCCCCCCCCCUUUUUUUUGGUCUUCUUUCUCCUUCCUUUGCUUUCUUUUUCAUAGAGCACCUUGCCAUUCCCUUAUGUCCAGCUGCUGUCACCGAUCCAGGGAGAGCAGGCCCUGUCCAGCAGGCUGCAAGGGGGAGGAGGUAACUCCAGGCAGACUCCUGCCUCCGGUGGCCUCCAGGCUUUUGCAGAGAGGGUGUGAUGCCUCCACAAAGCACUGACCGGCACGGCUCGGACACCGUUCUUUUCCAGGGAUCCUGGGAGAAGUGGUAGCUGGGGCGGCUGCCCACCUGUCACCCUAAACACCUUGGAGGGAAAGAGGAGGGACCUCCUGCCCACUCCAGUCGGGACGCUGGGAGACAAAGUGUAGACAGGGCCCCACGGAGUCACGUUUACUAAUGAAUCAGCUUUUGGAACAAAUGUCAAAAUUAUGCUUGCCAUGUCUCGGCCCAGACGUCCCUCCCCUGGCCUGUUCCUAGAAUCUGCCUGUAAGUGGAGUUCUUGUAAAUUAGAUUAUUCAGAGAACCUUGACAUUUAAAGAGACCAUGUUGGAAAGCUUUCGGUAAAGCAAAAAACUCACGUUGUCGGUCAUGGCCUUCAGUGUUCCCAGUUUGGAACGGUUGGAUUUCUGUAGGUUUUCUGAAAAGUCGAAAAUGACUGUGGCCAGACGAGGUUCAUUCUUUGGGUCAUUCAACAACCAACUAGCAGACAGCCACCUUGUAUCAGGUGCUGCGCUGAGGGGCUGUGAGGUCAUGUCCCUGCCUCCAGGAAGCUUACCUCCUGGGGGGAAAGGCAGACACCGCCAGGGGAGGGUCGGGCCCCACAUUUAUUCUGGUCAGCUGGUGGGAGUGAACUUUCUGUUGAAGGCCUGUGUGCUGCGUGUGGUUCGAGAGCGAUACAGGGGUCGAUCUCAGGGUGUCGCGGGUGUUCUCCAAGGAGCUCCCGGGCCAGUGGGGAGACAGCUGCGAGGGCGAAACCAGCGGUUCGCCAAGACUGGUGGGGGCUGGUGGGGAAGGGUCGGCGUUGCCGGGCUCCCGUGUGAGCGCUGCGUGGGGGCGCCGCUGGCCGAUGCCGUCCUUCCUGGGUGGUGGUGGCUGUGGGGCCCCCAAACCCAGCUCCUCGGUGACGUUCAGGCUAGUGGCCCGCCCGGGGCCCGCAGUGAUGCCCACUCUACCACAGCUGGCGUUCCUGGGUAUCGGGAGGUUUCUGCGUUCCUUCGCUUACCGUGUAUCUCAGGGUCGCAGCGAGAGUUCGUUCUUGCCAGCCCUGUGCCGCUGUCUCUUUCUGGGUGGGACGUGGCGGCGAGCCAGCGUGGAGAGACGCCGUAUUUAGAACCAGGGCCCCUCCGGCCUGCUCCCCCGAAGGGCUCUUCAAUGGACACGGUGGUUGGAACUUGUCUUCACUGUGGUCCCAGACCCUCGUACCUGAACAGCGGAGCUGGAACAUCAGCCCGAGAGCUGAUUGGAGGAUCUGAGGGGGGUUGGAGGACUCUCCCUGCGCCGCAGAAGGGCUCGAGAGGGUGGACACGGUGACAGUCACAGAUCUAAGAACUGGACCCGCUAGGGCACGUGGAAGCUGUCGGUUCUCUUCUGGUUCCUCAGGGGGCCGGCGUGUGGCCUCGUCCGUGGGGGACGUCCGAGUCCGGGAAGGAGCCAGGGGGGUGGGGAGGAGGGCCCUCCCCUGGUGGCCCUGCCUGCUGGCUGGGUUGCCCGGAAAGGGCUCACCGAGGCAUCAGUGAGGAGCAGUCCUGAGUUGUUGGGCAGAGGUGAGCCUGCUGCUUCUGGAAGAUUCCUGGUCUGGAAGAUUCCUGCUUCUGGUCUGAUUACUUGCCUCGGAACCCUUAAGUAGUUCUCCAUCUAGGGGUUUUCUCUCGUUUUCGAGCGCUCUCCCCGGGUUCCACACGAGGCUUUCCUCAGUUGCCCUGCGUCCCAGGAGUCAGCGACUUAGCGGCCACCCAGUGGAGUGAUGUAAAGGUGGCGGAUGGGGGGGCUCUCACCCCUGCGCUAAGGGACUCGUGUGGGCUUGGUGCCGGGGACACAGUGGUGAAAAGGUGCGGUCACGCCUCCGGAGCUUCCAUCCGGGCGGAGGCAACAGUGUAAUCGCAGAUACACGUACGCGUUCUGGAGGCAGCAAGCGGACUGGAUCAGGGGGCUGGAGGAAGCCACCUUGGCGGGGCUGGUCAGGGAGGGCCUCUGAGCACGUGACACUCAGGCUGAGAGCCUGUGCCGAGGAUGAGCCGCCCACGAGGGAGGAGCGUGGCCUCUUGACCCUGGGUGAGGCACGCAGCCCUCUUCUGCAUCAGAUCCCGCUGCACUGCCGGGUGAGGCGGGGUGAGGCGGGGUGAGGCGGGGUGAGGCGGGGUGAUCGUGGCGCCGGGCUCACGGUCGGUCGUGACGAUCCAGUGGCUGAUGGGAAGCGUGCGCGUGCGGAGCAUGCACCGCCGCCCCCGCCCCAGACCCUGUCUGGUCUCGCUUCUGUGCUGCCACCCCUUGCCCCGGCUCCUGCUGGUCCCCGUGGGCCCAUGGUCCCGCCGCCCACCUGGGGCCCUUGAGAAACCCUCGGCUGGUUGAUUUCCCAUUACCAACAGGCUAGAUCCACGCCCCUCACCUGUCCUCGGGGGGGCUCCCCUGCAAUCCAGGCCCAGUCUGCCUGUCUGAGCCCCCCUCCCAUAACACCCUCUUCCUCUGUCUGCGUUCCUGCCAGCCCAGGCCGUCUCUGCCUCUGCCUGUGCCCUCCCCGGCCGCCUAGCAUUCCUGGUCUUUGAGGGCCGAGCUCGGGUUGCCAACCCGGCUGCCCCCCACCCAUCUGCCCCUCUCUGAGUUCCCACAGCACUUGUGGCUCAGCAAGCGGCCUGUUUCUGCCUUGUGUUCCACUCGCUUCUGUCUCCCGCUGGACCGGAAGCUCUCUGAGGGCCGGGCUUUAUCUCAGAGCAACCAGACCAGCACUUGCAAGUGUGUAGUGAGCUGGCGGAAGAGUGCCCGCGCCUCCCGGCAGAGGUGUGACCCUUCUGUCCCUCCCUGGCCUGAGUGGCCGGCCCCGCCCCCCGGCCGGCUCUUGCUUUGUAGCUGCCCCUCCCCUGUUCUCCCGACACCCUCUUGUCCUGUCUGCUUUCACUCUUGCCCGGAUUCCACACAGCUGCCAACACAGCCUUCCAGAACACGUCCGCCUGCUUAACCUAGAGUAGCUCAGGCUCACUGCUCUUUAGGGAGGAGUCUCAUGUCAUGUCCCCCCGGACCCUGUGUUUCCAGUCGCGACGGCUCUCUGUGCGCCGUUCGCACCUCUCCCCCUGGAGCAGGCUUGCCCGUUGGCUUAGUGUGCUCUUCCUCACCUUUCCUUUCGGCUGAUGUGUUGUCAUCCCUAGGGAUUCCUUCUUUGACUCCCCGGGGCAGUGCCUCCCCUGGGGUGGGCCGCGCCCGCACCUUGUGUUUGUCUGCGGCCCUGCACGGUUGCCAUUGUGUGCGGGGGGGCGGUUUCCGUGGGGCUGUCUCCUCCGUUCCCAGCACAGCGCCUGGCACAGGGUCCGGCUCACGGUUAACAAAGGACCGGACCCCACAGCGAGCUUCAUUCUGUGCUCUGCAGAGAGAGGGAGGGAGGUGUGUGGACUCCCCCAGGCCCUCCCGGGACCAGCCGGGACGUCCACCGUGGAAGGCUGGGGUUCCUUGCUUUGCUUUCCUCAAGUGUAGAUUGGGGUUCUCUAUAGCCGAGGGUGAGAAGCCGUCGGGUCAGGUGUCACGUACAGUAAGGGAAGGACUCGCAGCCCAGGACUCUGGGUCUCCUCCUCGGGUACAAAGGGAACUUUGCAAAAUGACUUGAAUACAAGAGGCAAGGCCCUGUCAUCCAACGCGUAUACGCGGUUUUGGGGACACUGGACAUUUCCCUGCAGCAGGCAGGGUUGUGUGACCGUUGAAGCGUGGAGGUGAGACUGGGGCUCUCUGCCUUGUUGACUUGCUCUUUUUCUU